AUGGCCGUGCGCCAGGCUAUUAAGCCUCGGGCACUUCUGCAACCGCUCGGAUGUACCUCCCUUCGAAAACCUACACUGAGCCCGAUACUGUCACGGAGACAUCUUGGGACGAAACAAAAUGCGUCCCACAAUAACCCCCUCUUUGCUUGUACCUGGGUGACGGGCACUCCACAUGCGAUUACUCCAGAUGAUGUACUUUCGAGCCUGCCCUCCCCGUCGCAAUCACUUGCAGAAUCAGCACAUGUCCCUGUCUUACUUGUCACACCGAGCUUUGCGCAAUGGAUUGACACAGGCUCCCCGUUCCUCGAAGACUGCGUAAAUCGACUUACGCAGCGUGCUUCUCCGCAACCCGUCCACGCCAUUGUAGCCAUCGUCGAUAGACUGCCCGACAUCCGUGCGCAAUCAUGUGAUGAAGAUACGACAGAGUCUGAAGGGUUGUCAUUGAUGGUUGUCAGAGCAGAGGAUAUACAAGGGAAGGCCUCACCGCCUCGUCGUGUGCGAAGCAUGGAGACCGAAGAGUCCGCCCUCGUGUUUUCGUUUCAGGACGGUCUGUCCCGCAAAGAUGCCCCUCAGCACAUCCACGAGAUCGGACUGCGGCUUGCGAACACCAUCUUCGUCAACGGAAAGGAGAACACCCUCGUGGGGUCCCGUUGGGUCUAUGAUUCUUCGUCUUCCAGAUACACCCUCGACCAGUCAGUCGACCUGUCCCGCUGCAUAGUCGCUCCUAGUACUAGCACUGUGCACAACAGGCUUCAGCUCCCCUUAUCUCCUGUCAGCCAGCGGAGAAGAGUUAUAUCCAGCAUGGGCAACAUUCUUCGCCAAUUGGCAAAACACACCGACUCUACAUCAACAGCCUCCAUGCCGGCCUCGACAGAGCUGGAGAAAGAGCUUCCUCGUUAUAUCGAGGAGAAUAAUAUUGAAGAUCGAAGGGUAUCUGUUUGGGCCUUAGUGGAGACUCCCGGGCAGUGCGCUUCUUCAGAAGCUGGCGAAAACAGUCUCCUCCAGCGAAUCCAGGCCGGCGGUAAACUUCACCGUGUCAUGAGUGGUGGGGGUGGUUGGGGUAAGAAGCAGGGCUUGCUAUCCCUGGACCCUGAGAUCUGCUUUCUCGAACCAACAGAGAGUAGCGUCCUCCUUGACAGCCUCUUUUCUCCUAUUCAGAGUAGAAGUGAGCAUGGUCGGCUUCCACAGUAUGAGCAGAAUAUGGGAAUAAACGAGCUCUCCUCUCUUGAUCAAGUUGCUAGAGAAGGUGACUACGUUCAGUUCUUUGUGUCCAUCGAUCCGUGUGAGAUCCGGUCCGCCGCAUCGGCGUCCUCAGGCUCUCAAGAUGCUAUUGCAUGCCACUUCGGCGUCGUAUUGGACGCUGAAUCUCCAAUGCCAGCAAUCACCACCUCUGGUCAGAAAGAUCUGACAGUGAUACCCAACACCUUCGGCGCUCUAUCUGAGAAAGCCAUCGCCUAUCUCCAACCGGUGUCAGCCUCUCGCGAGUCCACGACGGUGGAAUCAAGUACUAAGAUCGACAUCCCGGGUGCUCGAGUCGAGUUGGUCAUUGAAUAA